UGUUGGUUAGCUACAAGAAGGCAGCGGCUAAUCUUAGUGGUUACGUUAGCUGUGUAAUUAGCAUGUGUUACUACAGUUAGCUAAUAAGGAACACCUUUUAGCAUAUUAGCGGGACUGUAAAGCGUAUCCAUAACUUUAAUAAAUAUGUGUACAAACAUAUAAUUGAAUAAGCGCAGCGAGUAACGACGAGGUAAAAGAGCUCCCCCAAAACAACCUAUCACUGUUAAGCAAGCUAGCACAACACUAGCUAGAUAACUAACUAAACUGGACGUUAACGUUAGUUAACAUUGUUUAGAAAUUACAGCCAUGACACUGGUAGUUGGUCGCGAACCCAGAAAGACUGCGGGUAAUCGCAUGUCAAAAUUACUGGAUGCUGAAGAAGAGGACGAAUUCUACAAGACCACUUAUGGAGGAUUCAACGAUGAAUCAGGAGAUGAUGAGUAUCAUGGAGAACAUUCAGACACAGAGGAUGAGGUGGACAGCGACUUCGACAUCGACGAGGGCGACGAGCCAGACAGCGACCAAGAGGAGGAUGCACCUCGGAGGAAAAGUCGGGUUGUCACUAAAGCUUAUAAGGAACCUAUAAAGGUGGCAAAACCCAAACCCAAAAGACCCUCUGAGGAACAGAAGAAGACUGAGAAAACUAAAGUGGAGCUCAAAAGGAGGAUUCCACAAGAAUUCCAAGAUUUUUGCGAGACUCGGAAGUCUGUGCGACAGUCCACCAGUGAACAUACCCGAAAGACCAAUCUGCGCUUGCAAGAGCGUCAGGAUGCCCCUCGGAGACGGAGAGGUGCUCACCGUGACCGGCCCUUAACCCAGGAAGAAUUGCUGGCUGAGGCCAAAAUAACUGCUGAGAUCAACAUUCGAUCUUUAGAGAACUAUGAACGUUUGGAGGCGGACAAGAAGAAACAAGUCCACAAGAAGCGGCGUUUUGAUGGACCAACCAUCCGUUACCAUUCAGUCCUGAUGCCACUAGUCUCUCACUCUGUCCUAAAAGAAGAAAACGUGGAUGUUGAAGGGUUGGAUCAGGACGUCCCUCAGACUGCACCUCAAAAUCCUACCACACCUUCCCAGCAGCCUGCCGGAGGCCUGUGCUCCCGUACUUACAUAACAUUCAGUGACGAUGAAGCUUUCGGGCUGUCCUUUCCACGCAGUGCCCAGUCAAGUCCUCAGCUGCCCGUCCAGGAGGUUUGUCCUGUCACCCACAAGGCCGCACUGUACAGAGACCCAGUCACUGAUAUACCUUACGCUAACACACGAGCCUUCCGCAUCAUCCGAGAAGCGUACCGUAAAUACGUGGCUGCUCAUGGAUUUCCAAACACUUCGGGAGGUGUGACGGGACUUGACUCCUCCGCAGCGAAGGGUGCCCGCCAGAAAAUGGUUGUCAAGCAGAGUUCUGUGGGAACAUAGAUUUGUUUCGAAAAAGAAUUUAGGAAAUAGGUCUGUGUUUCUUUUUUUAAAUGUAUUAGUUCAGGUAGAAUGACAUGAUUCACUGACAUGAGGAAAAACCACAACCCACCGCCAUGGGGUAAAUACCUUUUCUUCAAACUACUGUCUACAUUUAGUUAUAUCUACAACCAUACAAAGUAUCCAUGGCAACAGAGAUUUAUUGUAAAAGUUACAGAUUUAGCAGUCACUGACUAAUAUGUUACAGUUAUAGGCAAACGCAAAUAUUUUCAGUACUACUGUUGACUGGAUAACAUAAAAUUAAAAGAAGUAAAAGAACUUAGUAAAAAACAAACAUUACCACAACCAAAUCGGUUGGUGCAUUCCCAUAAACUAAAAGUCUUACUUGUGUUGUCUCUGUGUACAGAAAUUCAUUUUGUACUUUAAUACCCUGAUAAAUCCAGGUCGAGUGGAUGAAAAACUACAGAUUGGCUUUGGAAGUGAAGUAGGUCUCCAUCUGCACAUCAUUUCUUAAAUUAAUGCCUUUUUUUACUAUCAAGAUAAUUUGUUUCUACAAAUGUACAUAUUUCUCAAUAAAAAUAAAUAUUUAAAACUCGGAAUAAUAAAUCAUAUCUGGUUUAUAUCACAUUUCACAAACAUCAAACAACAGCUACACUGAAAGUUACGGUACUGUGGAACUAAAAACAUCAGCAUCAGUCUGUCUUUUGAGGGUUUUGUUCAUUUAAUGUUAACAAUUUAUUGUUUUUAAUCUGUUGUCAUGAUUUACAGCCUGUAUCAUCCCAUCCUCAUCACAUUAAAAUUAAUUUCAUCUGUAA